AUGGAAGACCCAACCGCUGAUGAAGCCGAAAAAGAGGAAAGUAGAGGUUUUUACGGGGAAAAAAUUAAAAAAAUUAUGUCCGAACUAUCAAUUAAAACCACUCUCACCGAUAUUGAACCCAAAUUAGACAAAAAUGGCAACCCCUAUUAUAAAUUAAGCCUAACUGGUUCACCCCACUAUUUCUAUGCUUUUGCUACCGAUUAUAAUUUAAAAGAUAGCACUUUAAAAGCCUUAAAAGAGACUCCGGAAGAAUUAGUUAACCGCUCCGUCCGGCUUAUUUAUAGCGAAGUUGCUAAUAAAGAUAAUUCAGGAAAAUUUUUCAAA